AUGGAUAAGCCAAGAAUUUAUAGAAUGCUUGGUUCUUGCAAUGGGUUGGUUUGCAUUUCUAUGGAUCCAGAUCGUGGAAUGGAUAAACCUAUUUAUAUAUGCAAUCCUGUUACAAAAGAAUAUCUUCUACUUCCAAGUUUGAGUGAUACAACACUUGGUUCAUAUAAUUUUUUUAACUGUGGAAUUGGUUACAUUCCUUCUGCAAAUGAAUACAAGGUUGUUAAAAUCCACAAAUGUGGUGGUGAAGUUGGAGAAAGGGUUUAUGUAUACACUCUUGGCAGUGGCAAAAGGUGGAGAUACAUAGGAGAAAUCACAUACAAAUUAAUGCACACUUAUCGAAACGUACUUGUGGACGGAGCUCUUCAUUGGGUAGACUACACACAAGGAAAUAUUGUGGCUUUUGAUUUGACUGAAGAAAAGUUCAGUAUGAUCUCAUUGACGCCAACUUGUUUUGUAAAUAAUUGGCCUUUGAACAGGAAGCACUCGAGCUGUGAACUAAAGGUCUUGGGAGGAUCCUUAUGCAUUGUUCAUCAAUACAAUUGUACUUGGUAUGACAUAUGGUCAUUAAAGAAAGGGAAUAAUGGAAAUAAAUACUCUCAUUGGAGUAGGGAUUUUAAUACUUUUAAAUUUGGGUGCGAGUUCGAUUAUAUACCAUGGGCCAACAUCUUCCAUGUCACGAAGGAUGAUGAAGUUCUAUUCUGCAAUGAAUAUACUUUCUACAAUCAUGACUUGAAACAAGAUAGAGACAAAAAAUUGGAAUGCAUUCUGGAUUCUGUAAGAAAUAUGGUGUGGAAGUUAGGGAUGCGCUACUUCAUGUAA